GACUGACAUUGUGUAAAUAGUUUUCUCAAACUAUUGUAAAGAGGUUAAUAUCUGAACACUACUGAUGGUCAGAUGUAAAACCCAGAGGUGGGUGGUAGCCAAUAAAAUGUUCUCAAGUUAGAGUGCCAUUAUUUUAAAAUAUGAGUUAAGUUGAAGUAAAAUGUAGCCAUCAGACAAAUAACCCAAGUAGGAGUGAAAAGUAUUUGGGAAAUGGACAACUCAGUCAGUAAAGCAGGCUGAGCAGACAGAAAAUAGCACAAGAACAAGAAAGCUUGAGUACAGAAACAAGUCUUUCUUUGCCACAAACCUUGUGGGUUGGUGUCUGCAUGUUUGGUUAAAACAGUUUAUUUCUGGGCGCGGUGCUGAUGCUGUUAAGGCGCGCGACCAUAUGCAGAGGCUGCAGUCUUCGAAGCGGCUGUCCCGGGUUCGAGUCCAGGACCCGGCGACAUUUGCCGAAUGUCUAACCGUAUUUCCUGUCUGCCUACUGUCAAAAUAAAAAAGCCUACUAGUGCCGAAAAAAUAUCUUUGAAAAAAAAAGUAUAAUUCUCUCUGAAAUGAUCAGAGGUGGGUAAAGUAACCUAAAACUGUUCUCUAGUAAUAAAAGCAAAAGGUAUUAUGCAGUAAAACUACUCCUACAAGUAUUUUUCUUGAGUUACUGAAGUAAAUGUACUUGAAGUUUAACCUAUAACAAUCCACCCCAAGUAAAAACCACUUACAUGUUCUAGGUGAAAAGCAGAAUGCAGUUUCCUCACACUGACGCCAGGUGGCGGUGUUUGCGCAGUGAAAUUAGAAACACUCUUUUCGAACCUCACAGCUGCCGCAUCACAUCUGAAUCUGUGAACAUGGCCUCGGCUGCCCUUGUUCGCCUGCUCAGGCUGUCAGCUGUCAGGAACGGGCGCCUCUCACCGCGGAGACCCUUCAACGCCCCGGGGAGGACCGUGACGCCGAGCCGGAAAGCCGUGUGCACAUCAAGCGGCGCCAUUCUGCCCAAACCCAAGAAGACCCCCUUUGGCCUCUUCCGGAUCGCUCUGGUAGUGGUUCCCUUCUUAUAUGUGGGGACUCAGAUCAGCAAGAGCUUUGCGGCGCUGCUGGAGGAGCACGACAUAUUCGUUCCGGAGGAUGACGACGACGAUGACUGAGGACUCCGUGGGAUCAUCAGAUGUUCGUGUUUUAAUCGCUACCAAGUGUCUGUACCCACCAAUGUAGAGAAAUGCCUUCCUGGAGGUCCUGUUGCUGUGACUCUAAUUCACCUCUGCCUGCACUUGUUUCAGGGAUUUUGCUGUUAUUUGACAGACACAAGACUGUCGCUCCAUUUUUGUAUGGUACUGUAUUUGCUUGCACUACAGGAGUCUUAAUAAAAAGAAAAAUAUAUAAAAUGUCA